GGAAUACGCCAGAGUCUGCGGUGCUCACUUUGUCACAGGCAAACCUGCAGCACUCUUCGACUGUGAUAACCCAGACUGGGCACCGAGCCUUCUCCUAGGCCAUUCGAAGGUGAAACCAGCUUCAGACCUGACAGCAUCCCGGAUGGAGCGUGUGCAGCAGAGGGCUCAUAAAAGGAAGCUAUAUGAUGCUGCUGAGAGCCUUAUCUCUCUCGGCAAGUCAUUCAAGCCUAACAAGGACUUAGAAAUAUCAGGUGUGGAGCCACUACCCGAUACAGAUGAGACUCUGACGGCAGAACCGAACACUGUGGCCUGCCAAACGGAUAUAUCCAUGUCGCUCAUCGAUGACAUGCAGUCAGAACUGAAUAGACUGACACAGGAAAAUAUGGAAUUGCGGAUUAAGGUUGAGGAAUCUACUGUUUGUCAGAGGACUUUUGAAAAUGAUGAUGGCAAAGUUAAGUUUUACACUGGCUUGCCAUCAUUUACUGUUCUGAUGUUAUUGUUCAAUUAUAUUUCAGAUGAGUUAAUCUGUGGACCCAGUAGCUGUCUCAACAAAUUCCAGCAAAUGGUUCUUGCUCUAAUGAGGCUUCGUCUAAACUUAUCUGUUCAGGAUAUUGCUUACCGUUUUAAUGUGUCCUGCCCUACUGUAUCUCGCACCUUCAGUCAUGUCAUAAAUGUCAUGUACCACAAUAUUGGAUUUCUUGUGAAAUGGCCGUCCAGGGAGGCAUUGUUUGAAAGCACUCCAAUGGAGUUUCGGAAACAGUAUGGUGUGCGUGUGAGUGCAAUUAUAGAUUGUUUUGAAGUAUUUACUGAUAGACCAACAGGUUUAAUGGCUCAAGCACAGACUUGGUCAAACUACAAGCAUCAUAACACUGUGAAAUUUUUAAUUGCCAUAUGUCCAAUGGGUUCAGUCAGUUUUAUUUCGGAAGCAUGGGGUGGGCGUACCAGUGACAAAGCCAUUGCAGAAAAAUCUGGGUUCUUAAGUCACAUUUUACCAGGAGACAUCAUCCUGGCUGACCGUGGCUUUGACAUAAAAGAUUCGGUCGGCUUAUUACAGGCCGAAGUAAAGAUUCCUGCCUUCAUGAAAGGAAAGAAACAACUGUCUAUGUGUGAGGUCAUAGAAACUCGGAAAAUAGCUCAUUUACGCAUACAUGUAGAGCGGGUAAUAGGGGGCAUUAGGCAGCGAUACAAUAUGGUGGGUGGGCCUGUACCUCUAGACUAUGUGCAAGUUAGAGAUCAGAAUAACUUGACAUUAUUAGACAAAAUUGCAAAAGUAGCAUGUUCUUUAUUCAAUCUUUCGGAUGGAAUUGUGUCAUUCGAUUAGAAAUGCAGGGAUUGUGGUAUCCAUGUCACACCGUGUAUUUGUCAUUGGAAAUGUAAAUAAAUACAUUAAAGACUCCAUACCCUAUUUUCUUCAUUUUCUUAGUUUA